GUGAAAUCCACUGGCAUGUCAAACUUUAAUUGUGCCCAGAUGGAAAGGCUCUUGAAGAAGCCUGGAUUAAAAUACAAACCAGUGAAUCACCAGAUUGAGAGUCACCCAUAUCUACCUCAGGAAGAGCUGCUCCACUUCUGCCAGUCCAAAGGGAUUUCUGUCACUGCAUAUCGUCCUCUUGGAGCUCCCAACUGGCCAAGGCAUGUGUCUGAGAAGGUGUCUCUCCUCAAUGAUCCCAAGGUCAAAGAAAUUGCAGCCAAACACAAUAAAACACCCGCUCAGGUUUUGAUCUGUUUCCAAAUCCAAAGACACGUGAGCGUGAUCCCCAGGUCUGUUACUCCCAGUCGUAUUAAAGAGAAUUUUGAGGUGUUUGACUUCGAAUUGAACCCAGAGGAAAUGGAAACACUGCUCAGAUUUGACAAGAGAUACAGAAUUUGUGCAAUGAAGAACUGGUGACAACAUAAAGAUUAUCCUUUCAGGGAAGAUAACUGAGUGUGAUGUUUGAUCCCUAGAAGCUGACAAAGCAAACUUCACCUGCCUUCACUCAUCUCUGCAAUCACCUCUACCUGUCGUACUUCUCACCAUCUUAGACCAGAAUACAUGUAACAGCAAACGCAGGAAGAAACUGCAGGCAUAAUUCCAACUGUUGUAGGUUGAUUCAGCUACAGUCAUUUCUCUUUGGUUUGU